AUCAAAGUGAAGCAUUAGCUGAAUACCACAGAUGCAAUGAAUUCUAUGAAUUCAAAUGCUACUAUUGCUCAUCAUUCAUGAUUCUUGAGCUGAAACUGUUCAACUAACUGACCAUGACUGUGUCUACUUUGUGUUUUGUUCUGGUAAUCAUUCUCUUUCUAGCCACCCAAUCCCAAUGUGAAAACCACUGUGAAAGGUCAUUUAUCUGGAAUGACAGGAAAGACUGUCCAGCAGGAUCUCAUUAUCUUAAUAAGUCCACCUGUUGUAGGUGCAAAGACGAUUUUUAUACUGCCCAUCCAAAUAAACUGAAGAACUGUUUAAGUUGUAGUCAUUGUGAUGGAUUACAAAUAGAGGAGCAGCCAUGUAAUUCAACACAUAACAGAGUUUGUGCAUGUGCACCUGGUUAUUACUCAAAAAAUCCUGACUUCUGUAUAACCUGUGAAAAAUGCCAAAACUGCACAGAAUGUUUAAACUGUGGAGAGAAAUGCAACCCACAAGUAACUACAACCACAACAGCAGUUUGUGGAAAUGGCUAUUUUUUGAAUGAUGGACAAUGCCAAAAUUGUGAAAAAUUAAGCUGCAAGAACGAGGCUUGUAAAUCUUUUUGCACCAUUUACAGUGGACCACAAGGUUUGUUAUCUCCCCAUUACCAGCUCUUGUUGGUGUCAUUGAUCAUUGCGGCUGUACUGGGUGGUCUUCUCUGUCUUCUUAUUAUAUGGGUAUUAUAUAGGAAAAGAUGGCAUGUUGGCACACAUCCAAACAUUCUGAUUCAACCAGCAGAUCACCCUAAUAACCAAAUCAACAUUCCCUCAACAAUGGUCAGAAAAGUCUCAGCCUGCAAUAAAACCACCAUCAAAGCUUGCUCGGGAACUCCAGUGACCAACUACCCACACAGCCUCUUUAGUGGAGACUGGCAGAGCAUCAUGACUCCUUUGAUUGCAAUUGGAGAUCCAAAAUUGAUGCAAGUGCUGCAGAAGGAAUAUUGGCCAGCACCAGUACUCUACACAAUCAUCAGAGAAAUUCCUGUACAACGCUGGAAGGAGUUUCUGAGACUUCUUUCUGUGACAGAUGAUCAGAUGGAGAGGAUAGAACUGGAGACAGGCCCAUCCUAUCUAGAAAAGCAGUACAGAAUGCUACGUCUGUGGAGCCAAAGCAGUGGAGCAGAGCUGGAGAAUAUCUACUCAACAUUACACUACAUGAACCUGUCAGGGUGUGCACAGGAACUGCAAGAGAAGCUAGAGCAACUGCAAGAGAGCAUAAAAACUGCCUUAUCUUGACUCCAUCUCCAUGUGUGAGAGAUACAGUUGAAUUUUGCAAUCAUAUACAAUGAACUCUGUAUUGCAGACUCUUGUACUUUUUUCAUUUGACAAGGACCUGCCAGCCAUUGUUAAAUAUAAAUAUAUUGCAUAAUGUUAAACAAAGUCAUAUUGAAUAGUGCCAUGUUCUUGGUCACAGCUUUGGUUAGUGCCAUGUUCUUGGUCACAGUCACAUUUAGUGACCACUAUACUGUACUAAUGUGAAUAUUCAUAGAGCAAUUUAACCUUUCAUAUUUUAAUCUAAAACAUGUUCUAAAUAUUUAUUGUAUCUACUAUGGACUUAUAAAGAUACUUUUUUUGGUUUUCAGGAUAAACACGGUUGAUAGGAUAAUCACAGGCACUAAAGAUUAUUCAUUCUCAGUCAUAUUUUACAUUAAGUAUUAUUUCACACUCAUUUUG